CGCAGCGUGCGGCGGGCAUGGCGUGGCCCUGCAUCAGCCGCCUGUGCUGCCUAGCGCGGCGCUGGAACCAGCUGGAGCGCUCGGACGUGGCGGUGCCGCUGACCCUGCACGGCUGCGAGGAGCCCGACGGCGAGGAGCCGGGUCCGGUGGGCGCACCCCGCAGACCCCCGUCGCCUGCCGCCCGAGCCCCCGGCCGCGAUGUGCCGCUCACGCAGUACCAGCGGGACUUUGGGGUGUGGCCGGCGCCCGGCGCCCCCAGAGAUACGCGCCCGGGGAAGGGCGGCCGCAGGGCCAGGGCCCCCAACGCGCCGGCCCGGGGCGUGUACGUCCUCCCCCUCGGCGACGCGGACGCGGCUGCAGCGGCCACCACCUCCUACAGACAGGAGUUCCAGGCCUGGACUGCAGUGAAGCCAUCGAGAGCCACCAAGAUGAAGCCCGCCACCAUCAUCACCACCCACAGCUCCGGGUGGAGCGGUAACCCCGGGCCCAGCUUCCAGGUCCCGGAAGUAAGGAAGAAGUUUGCUCCAAACCCCUCUGCCAUCUUCCAGACUUCGGCUCCCCGGAUCCUCACUGUGUGACAGUCACUGAGAGGGGAGGCUGAGGUGUGGUGGAGGGUCGCAGUCCUUGGUUGCCCACUGGGGACUGUCCUCAGGGUGUAGGCAGGUGCGGUCCCCCGGUGGGAGAAGCACUGCUUUCCUGCCAUUUCCCGCAGGCCUGGGUGAGCAGGGGCAGAUGGACAGCACUGCCCACCUGACUCCAGGCUUCCCAGUGUCCUCUCCUUCCUCAGGGCACUUGUGGGCAGCUUCGCAUCCGACCACCCCCUCAGUUUUUUAAAUCCUUAGGACCAGAGGAUCAACUCUGCUGGGAGCUGGACUGGUUCUUGGGGACUGAAGGCUCCUCUGACGCACCAGUCACGUCCACUCUGUCAUCUCCCGGCUGCAUGGCCCUUUCAUAGCCUACAGAAACCCCAGGCUGUCCCUGGGCCCAGAGUGUCACCUGCAUGGGACUGAAGGUGACACUGAGCUACCAGGAAGAAGUGUCCAGAAGUAGCAGAGCAUUAACUGUGGUCUGUGUCCAAGAGGACCCUUCUCUUUUAACAAAAUGUGACUUGGGAUGAGUCUGACAGUGCUAAACGAGUGAAUGACACUAUACCUGGUGUAAGACCCUGAGCACCAGUCUACUAAUUCUAGAUUCCGCCUCAUAACAUAUUGUGACUGGAAGGGGGGAGCCACCUUCCACGGCGGCCAAGAGCUGCCGUCUGUUUGAGGAAAAAGAAGCGAUCCUCUCACCCAGACUGAAAUGCCGCCUAGGCCUGCCUCACCCUCCACACCUCUCCACACCGCCAAAGGGGGCCCAUAGCCUGUGUGCUGACAGUCUGUGUGGUUUGUCUUUAGAAAGCUGUCUCCUGUCUGUCUCUCAGAACACACCUGCAAGCCAGUAAGAACUCCGGGGCUUCUAUCUCCCUCUGGGGAGCAACCCCUCAAGCCGCAAGAGGACACUUUGAGGUCUAGACGCGCCCCGGGCAGUGUGUGUGUUGGGGCCAGCUGUCUCCAGCUCAGGCCGCAGGAGGGUGCCCAGGAGGGUGCCCGGGGCUGGGGGCCAGCCCUUCCGGUCUACAGCAGUCUGAAUCACCGAGCCCCAGGCAUGCAAACCCAGCACCCUAUCAGCUUAGUGUUCCUCUCCCGGGCUGCCGCGGGAGUCAUUUGAGAGGGAAGCCCCACUCUGUGUGCUUACACCAGGGUCCUGGCAUCUCAGACGCCAGGUGGCCUGUGCAUCAGGUGUUUGAGAGAAGACUGGCUGCAGUGUGUGGAGAAAGGGUGGUUUAGGGGUACAGUCUCAGACUUGACUAAUUUGCAAACAUGUCCCAUUUCAGUUUCUUGUUAACUUAUUUCCUGUGAUUAUAAACACAAGCACUUUUUCA